AUGGCCUGGUUCUCCCUCCACCUCCUGAACCUUCUCUGGGCUUUGGCUGGGACCAGUACUCAGACCCAAAGUUCAUGCUCGGUUCCCGCCUCAGAGCAGUCACUGGUUAAUGGCAUCCAAGUGCUCAUGGAGGAUUCGGUGACCUCAUCAGCCCUCCCAAACCCCAGCAUCCUUAUUGCCAUGAACCUGGCUGGAGCCUAUGGCUUGGAGGCCCAGAAGCUCCUGACUUAUGAGCUCAUGGCCAGCGACCCUGCAGACCUAACCACUGGGCAGCUUGCCCUCACCGUUAUGGCCCUCACCUCUUCCUGCCGAGACCCUGGGAAUAAAGUAUCCAUUCUGCAAAGCCAGAUGCAGAAGUGGGCACCUUCAAGCCCCAACGCUGACGCAUCAGCCUUCUACAGCCCCAGUCUGGCCAUCUUGGCCCUGUGCCAGAAGAACUCAGAGGCAACCUUACCAAUAGCUGUACGUUUUGCCAAGACCCUGCUGGCCAAUUCUUCUCCCUUCAGUGUGGACACGGGAGCAGUGGCGACCUUGGCUCUGACCUGUAUGUACAACAAGAUCCCCGUGGGGUCAGAAGAAAGUUACAGAGACCUGUUUGGUCAGGUACUAAAGAAUAUUGUAGAGAAUAUCAGUGCAAGGAUCAAAGACAAUGGCAUCAUAGGAGAUAUCUACAGUACUGGCCUUGCUAUGCAGGCUCUCUCCGUCACACCUGAGAAACCGAGGAAGGAGUGGAACUGCGAGACGACCAUGAACACGAUAUUUGAUGAGAUUAAGCAGGGGAAAUUCCAGAACCCCAUGUCCAUUGCUCAAAUCCUCCCUUCUCUAAGAGGCAAGACGUAUCUAGAUGUGCCCCACGUGACUUGUAGCCCUGGAGUUGAGGCACAACCAACUCUACCCAGCCAACUUAUCCCUACCCCCACUUCAGCAUCCAACAUCACUGUCACAUACACAAUAAACAACCAGCUGAGGGGGGUGGAUCUGCUCUUCAAUGUGACCAUCAACAUCAGUGUGAAAAGUGGAUCAGUACUACUCGUAGUCUUAGAAGAAGCAGAGCGCAAAAAUCCUAUGUUCAAAUUUGAAACCACAAUGACAUCUUGGGGUCCUAUCGUCUCUUCUAUCAACAAUAUUGCUGAAAAUGUUAAUCACAAGACAUACUGGGAGUUCCUCAGUGGCAGUACACCUUUGAAUCAAGGGGUUGCUUACUAUGUACCCUUCAACAAGGAGCACAUCACAGCCAACUUCACACAGUACUAA